UUAAUUAAUACAAAAUUGAGGUUACAUCUUUUCAAAUGUUCCUCAAUUAAUAUAUAAGGGAUGUUAAUGGAGACUGGAGAGAAUAAUUACAGAAGAAGAGAAAAUUACUCUCUAUGUUUCAUAUUAAAUGUUAUUUUAAUCUUUUUUUGUUGCAAAAAUGUCACUUUACAAUUUUAAUACAAAUUAUACUUAAUUUCAGCUGAAAGUUAAUUAAUUGAAAAUUGUAUUGAUUUUAUAAAUAAUUUUAUUUAUUUAAAAUAUUAUUGAUCAGAAAGGUAUAAUUAAUAAUAAUUUACAUAUAUUUCAGUCAGUUUUUUAUUUUAUUUGAAAAAUAUACUUAAUUUGAACUGAAAAUUAAUUAAUUGAAAAUUACAUUGAUUUUAUAAAUAAUUUUAUUUAUUUUAAAUAUUAUUAAUCAGAUAUGUAUAAUUAAUAACAAUUUAUGUAUAUUUCUAUCAGUUUUUUUAUUUUGUAUGAAAAAAGUCAAAGUGAUAUUUAUUUAGAAACAAAAAGAAAAAACUAUAAGACGAGUAGAAAGGAAAUUCUAAAUUUCAAAUAAUGGGAAAAAGUGAUGUGUAUAAGGUUACAAUCGUCAUUUAAGUCGAAAUGGGCCUACACGCGCCUGUCUUUAUUAAACACUAGUCAACCAUUCAGGUCAAUCGCGCAUCUAAAUUACAAAAAGGUACCCCUCCGCCGGUUAUAUCCAAAUAAACAAUUAAAAACCGGUUUCUGUUUCUUCAUAACGCAUAUAGUUUCAGACCAAUGCUUACGGGGCGAGUUCUAACUGGCCUACGUGGUGGAAACCGGUCGCUAUUAACACUCUCUCUCUCCUCUUUCCCUCGCUUCCUCCUCUAUACCAUAGUACUCUACUUUUUUUUUAUCUUACUCUCUGGCAAUGCAUGAUCUUCUAUCGGAUUAGGGAAGAAGAAUAAGAAGAAUGCUGGAAACUGUGGAUAGCUCAGGAGUCAUUAAUGGUGGAUUUCGUCAAGUACAGAGCUUUUGCGGAGUGAGCAGUAGCGAAGAGGAGUUAUCUGUGCUGCCGCGUCAUACGAAAGUGGUGGUAACCGGAAACAACCGUACGAAAUCGGUGCUUGUUGGUCUUCAAGGUGUUGUCAAAAAAGCUGUCGGCCUCGGUGGUUGGCAUUGGCUGGUGUUGACAAAUGGAAUAGAAGUAAAGCUGCAGAGGAAUGCUCUUUGUGUCCUUGAAGCUCCUACUGGAAACGAAGAUGACGAUGAUCUUGAUUUCGAUCACACACACAUGAAUAGUUCUGACAUGAUUUUCUCUUUUCCAGCAUCUGAAGACACACUGAGGCCUCAUAAGGUGAAGCAAAGAGGUCAGAGAUCACCUCGGUCAUCUCACAAGUCCUUGAGCAGGUCUCUGUCAUCUGACUCCCAAUCUAAAAGCUCAUGUUUUACUCCCCCUGAAAACAUGAAAGUUGAUCUUAGCAAACUAGAAAUGCCUGCUUUGCUGAAAUAUUGGCGACAUUUCAACCUCGUGGAUGCGAUUCCUAAUCCAUCAAAAGAGCAACUAGUUGACAUUGUUCGGAGACACUUUAUUUCUCAGCAAAUGGACGAGCUGCAAGUUAUUGUGGGGUUUGUCCAAGCUGCAAAGAGAAUGAAGAAAGCGUGCAAGUUCCAGUCAGAAGAAGCCAGAAACACUGAUCUUAACUGCAUCAGCUAAAAGAAAAGCCAUUACUUUAUAACAGGUCCUGUAAUUACAGUAGUGCCAUUUGUGGCAUGCUGCUUGCUAGUUUUACUUGUUUAUGGAGAUGUUUGGCUAAGGAGUAGAAUGUUGUUUUCUUCUUGCUUCUGUUGUUUAGCCAUGUAAAUUACCCCAUCAAGAAAACUAAUGACCCUGAAAACCACUUACUCUUUUCAAUUGUAACUAUAUGUUCUGAUCCA